AUGAGUGACGUAGAAUUGAGCGAUUUUGUCGACGAUGGAGGAAAGAACCAAAAAUCAGGCGAAACGCCAACGAAAGAAGACUUGAGCAAGCUACGACGUGUGGCCGACCGUAUCCCCAUGACUGCUUGGUACAUUGUUGCUUGCGAACUCUGUGAAAGGUUUACUUACUAUGGCGUACAAGGGCCGAUGCAAAACUACAUACAAUUUCCCCCUCAGCCAAAACCAGGCGGUCAACCGGGUGUAUCACUCCCCGGGUUGGUCAUUGCUAUCAUAAUUAUUGGUAUUGGAACCGGAGGCAUCAAGAGCAACGUUGGGCCGAUGGUAGCUGAUCAAUACAGACCAAAGCAUCCAUAUGUAAAAGUGCUUCCAUCGGGAGAGAGAGUUAUUGCUGAUCCCAGACUUACGGUUCAGACGAUAUUCGCAUGGUUUUAUCUUGCCAUUAACAUUGGUGGACUUUCGCCGAUAUUAACGACGCUAGUCGAAAAGCAUCACUCGUUCUGGUUGGCGUAUUUGAUUCCUACAAUCAUGAUGGUUUUUGGUAUACUCAUAUUUAUCAGCGGACGGAGAGCUUAUUAUAAAGCGCCACCUAGCACGUCUGUAAUCGCAGAUUCGUUUAGCGUAAUGAAAGUUGCUUUUGUGCGAGGAAAGAGUUUGGAAAAUGCAAAGGCUUCCAAUGUUCCUGUUAACCUUCAUGCAAAAUAUCGAGUGAAUUGGGACGAUAAUUUUGUGAAUGACUUGAAAUCUGCUCUAGAAGCAUGUCGUGUGUUUGUUUUCUAUCCUAUUUAUUGGUGUUGCUAUAAUCAGAUGUAUAAUAAUUUAAUUAGUCAAGCGGCAACUAUGAACACUGGAUCACUGCCGAAUGACAUUAUGAACAACUUUGAUCCUCUCACUCUACUCUUUAUGAUUCCCUUGUUCGAGAAGGUCAUAUACCCGUUCCUUAGAUCAAAGGGUCUUCCUCUAAAACCAGUUACGAGAAUUUUCAUUGGCUUCUUAUUGAGUGCGGUUGCUAUGGGAUAUGCAGCAGUAUUGCAGAGAGUCAUAUACAACAAAGGUCCAUGUUAUGACCACCCGCUUUGCAAUAACGUUCCUAAUGAUAUAAGCGUUUACUGGCAAAUCCCAGUCUAUGUAAUUGUUGCCAUAUCAGAAAUUUUCGCUUCUAUCACGGGUUUAGAAUAUGCUUACCAGAAGGCUCCACCGUCAAUGAGGUCUCUAGUUACAGCAUUAUUCCUAACAACAACAGCAUUCGGAUCAAUCUUGGGAUAUGCAAUAGUUCCUUUGGCUGUAGAUCCCUACCUUCCCUACAUGUAUUCUCUGUUGGCCGGUAUUAUGGUCAUUACUGCUUGUGUAUUUUACUCGUUAUUCAGAAAGUAUGAUCUUCAAGAGGAGUUUGAAGAAGAGAUAACGGAAAAGGAAAUUCUUGAAUAUUAA